UCAGUGGUGUCAGAUGCCAGAAACUGCAAAUGAGGCUACGGAAGGACACAUAAAGGCAGACGAACAUAUGAGGCACCAGCAGAGCCAGGCUGCAUGUGAGCGUAAACUGCUUCCAGGCCGUGAUGGAGGAGCUGGAGCCAGAGGAGCAGUUCCUUCGCUGCGCCCGCAACGGCGACCUGCCUGGGAUUCAGAGGCUGCUUCGGGCGGUGGCUAAAGAGGAGACGCGGAUAAACAUUAACUGCAAAGGUAAAAGCAAGUCCAACCUCAGCUGGACGCCGCUUCACUUGGCCUGUUACUUCGGACACACGCAUGUGGUGGAGGAGCUGCUGAAGGUUGGCGCAGACGUCAACUUGCCCAACAACGUGGGAGACACGCCGCUGCACAAAGCCGCCUUCACGGGAAGAAAGGAGGUUGUCAUGCUGCUGCUGCACUAUGAUGCAUGUGCUACUGUCAUCAAUGGGACAGCACAGAUUCCCAAAGAUGUCACGCAAAAUGCAGAGAUCAGAGGCAUGCUGGAAGCGGCUGAAAGAACAGAGGAGAGGAAACUGGAGGAGAAGCUUUUGGAAGCUGCACGGGAAGGAGACCUUCCAGCGCUAAUUCAGCUGCUCAGCAGGAAGAAGCCUCCAGACAUCAGCUGCACAGAUCUACUGGGUAACACUCCGCUGCACUGUGCGGCCUAUCGGGGCCAGAAGCAGUGUGCCCUGAAGCUGCUCAAGAGCGGAGCCAGCCCCAACAUCAAGAACAAGAAUGGCCAGACCGUGUUUGACCUGGCCAGCGACACGGCGAUGAAGCAGGCCCUCGAAGGCAACGCUCAUCGAGUGUUGACCCGACAUGUGAAGAAACACGAGGGACAGCUCUGGAAGAGCUCCCGGUUCUUCGGCUGGCGCUGCUACUGGGUCGUCCUGCAGGACGGGGUCGUGUCCUGGUACUCCAAACAGUCAGACGCUGUGACCGGUGGCAGGAGGCAAGGCUGUAAGUCCCUGACGCACUCCCACUGCAUGAUCCGAGCCAAAGAUAGCUGCUUUUUCACCCUCAAGUGCUUCGACGACAGCGUGCAUCACUUCAAAGUGUCACCUAAAAACAAUCCCGAGGCAACGAGAAAAGCUUGGCUGGACGCCCUGGAGGAGCACACAGCUUUCAGCACACACUACUGCUCGCAGGAGCAGGGCAGCGAGGAGGAGGAGGAGGACGUGGAAGUGAUGUCACUCGGGGAGCUGACCGACUCGCUACAGGCGGCGGAGACGAGCCAGAAGAAGCUGGAGCUUGAGGUGGCGGCGUUCCUGUCGGCGCUGCAACACGACAGGCUGGCAGAAAGCUUUCCAUCCGCCGUGCUUCAGAGAAUGCAGGCUAUCUGCGCGUUGUCCAGCGAGACCAGUUCCAAUCUCGGUGUCUGUCUCAGCUGUCUCUCCCGGCAGGAAGGGGUGCGCCGCCUGAAAUUGGAGCAGGAGCUGGAGAAGAAUAAGAUCCUCUCUGAAGCCCUGCAGACUUUGGCCACAGAGCACCACGAACUCGAGCAAUCCGUCGUCAAGGGAUCUUCGCCGCGGAGCGCCCUCAGCGAGGAUGAGUUCCACGACGCUGUGUCUGACACGGACUCUGAGCUCUCCCUGAGCGGCUUCGAGACGGUGGUGAGCCAGUCGGAGGAGGAGGACGAGGACGAAGGCUCUGUCAUGUUAAGCAGCCCUUGCAGCAGCCCCACCAGCAUGUUGCAGGAGGAUCACCAUGGCGACAAGGAGGAGACGCAGCCCAACGGAAUCACAAAGCAUAGGACCAGCUUACCAGCACCGAUGUUCUCCAGGAAUGACUUCAGUAUCUGGAGCAUCCUGAGGAACUGCAUUGGGAUGGAACUCUCCAAGAUCACAAUGCCGGUGAUUUUCAACGAGCCGCUCAGUUUCCUGCAGCGUCUGACAGAGUACAUGGAGCACACGUACCUCAUCCAGCAGGCGAAUGCCUCCUCAGACUCUGCUGAGCGAAUGAAGUGUGUGGCCGCGUUCGCCGUGUCUGCCGUGGCCUCCCAGUGGGAGCGGACGGGUAAACCGUUCAACCCCCUGCUGGGAGAAACCUACGAGCUGGUCAGAGACGAUCUGGGCUUCAGGCUCAUAUCGGAGCAGGUGAGCCACCACCCCCCGGUCAGCGCCUUCCACGCCGAGGGCCUCAAGCAGGACUUUGUUUUUCACGGAUCCAUUUACCCCAAACUCAAAUUCUGGGGCAAGAGUGUGGAAGCUGAGCCGAAGGGCACCAUCACGCUGGAGCUUCCCAAGUACAAUGAAGCCUACACGUGGACUAAUCCCACAUGUUGCGUUCACAACAUUAUCGUGGGGCAGCUGUGGAUUGAGCAGUACGGAAACAUGGAGGUGAUCAACCACAGAACUGGAGAAAAGUGCUGCCUGAAUUUCAAACCGUGCGGCCUCUUCGGCAAAGAGCUCCACAAGGUGGAAGGGUACAUCCUGGAUAAAAGCAAAAAGAAGCUGUGCGCGCUCUAUGGGAAGUGGACCGAGUGUCUGUAUGUGGUGGACCCCGGCGCCUUCGAAGCGCAUAAGAAAAGUGAUAAAAAGGGGACGGAGGAGAAAAAAGGUAGCAAAGCGGGUUGCAGUGGCGAUCAGGAGGAGGCUCCUUCACCAGCUGCAGACACCGUGGAGGUGAUUCCUGGCAGCCAGCUGCUGUGGAGAAUCGCUCCCAGACCGGCCAACUCUGCCCAGAUGUACAGCUUCACAUCCUUUGCGAUGCAGCUGAACGAGCUGCGCAAGGAGAUGGAGGGAGCCAUUCCUCCGACCGACUGCAGGCUGAGGCCCGACAUACGCGCCAUGGAGAAUGGUGACAUUGACCUGGCCAGCGAGGAGAAGAAACGGCUGGAAGAGAAGCAGAGGGCUGCUUGCAAGAACCGCUCCAAGUCCGACGAAGAGUGGAAGACGAGGAGUCCUUCCCUGGGACCAAGGUGGUUUCAACAGGGGCAAAACCCUCACACCAGCUCCCAGGACUGGCUGUUCUCUGGCGGAUACUGGGAAAGGAAGUACGGCCAGAUGCCCGACAUCUACUGAUGUCUGCCUCCUGCGUGGAGGCGUGGACGCCGCACGGCCUCCUCUACGUGGAGGACGCCGUGGUCACACUUUACAGGGGGAGGGUAGACUUCAACCGCAUGGCCUUAAUCCACUUUAUGCACAGUUCUACUGUCAUAAACAAUGUGUAAACAGAAAAUGUGAAGUAGUUUGACGGCGAGGGGGGAUGUUUGGUUUUGAGUAGAGAGGCACUAAAACACAGGGGGUCAUGGUUUUAGUAGGUUCUUAUUUAAACAUUCCCAGUGUUUUGAGUUUAAAUGUAUAUUUGUACAUACACUUUCCACACAGUCUGGAUGACGUCAUCAUUUUGCUCUCGUUUCCUCUGAACUCAAACCACUAAAUGUCCAUUAAUACGAGGACAGCGUUGAUGUAAACUCUCCCGGUGUUCCCUACUUUAGGCGCAGAGUGACCCACGUGUGGUUUGGAUUUGUCAUUUGUCUUUUUGUCUGUUGUGCUCCGUUCAUCAUAAAACAAGACGAGUGAUUUAUUAAUACUUUUUCUAUAAUUGUUCGGGGACCAAAAGGUCUCGUAACGCAUAAAACAAAUUCAUUUUAACGCACUUUGCUUCCAUGAAGAGCAUUAAAAGUACUUCAUGGCACAUCUACAGUAAAUAAACUUUCAUAUAUUCAUGUAUGUUUUUACCAUCUACGUGCAGUAUGUGACAUUUAAAACACCUUUCAGAGGAAUCUAGAAAAUAAAGUGCUGUGAUCAAAUA